UCAUUCCAUACAGAUUUGACGAGAGCUCUUUUCUCUCAAGUAUCACCUUUGAAGCUGAUUUUUUACAAAAAUCCAGGCCGUCUCAAGAUCCUUACAACACUGAUGAAAUGUCAGAAGAAUUGACAAAUUUCUUUUAUGAUCAUGCCUUUUCAAUUGAUCAGAAGGCUGUAUUUAGUUUCCAUGAUAAGAAGCUGUUACUCAUGGAGGUCAAAAGUCUUUCAGUUAUCGAUGUUGGGUUGUUGGGACCGUCUUCUAAAGCAGCCACAAAUGUAUCUGCAGGAGUAAUCACAAGGAACACUCAAGUGAUUUUUGAGAAAGCAGAUGGAUCUGUUCUCAAUUUAACUGGAAGCGCAAAAGGCAAGGCCACCCACCAGUCUAUUAUCAGCAAGGACUGGGAUUUUACUAAACUUGGCAUUGGAGGACUGGACAAAGAGUUCUCAAACAUUGUGCGGCGUGCAUUUGCAACCAGGUUAUUUCCUGCAGACAUUGUCAACAAGAUGGGUUUACGUCACGUCAAAGGUAUACUCCUCCAUGGACCACCAGGUACUGGUAAGACUCUCAUGGCAAGACAGAUUGGAAAAAUGUUGAACACAAGAGAUCCAAAGAUCAUUAGUGGACCAGAGGUUCUAAACAAGUUUGUUGGAGAAUCUGAGGCAAACAUCAGAAAACUGUUUGCAGAAGCAGAAGAAGAACAGAAAAAGUUUGGCGAUAACAGUGCUUUACAUCUGAUCAUCUUUGAUGAGUUUGAUGCUGUUUGCAAGUCUCGUUACAGUUACAGUACUGGUGGAACUGGAGUACAAGAUUCAGUUGUCAAUCAGCUUCUUGCCAAGAUUGAUGGAGUAGAACAACUCAACAAUGUCUUGCUCAUUGGCAUGACCAACAGAAGAGACCUCAUAGACGAUGCACUACUCAGACCUGGACGUUUGGAAGUCCAAGUGGAAAUUGGAUUACCAGAUGAGAAAGGUCGUGUACAAAUCCUAGAGAUUCACACGUCCAAGAUGAGAGAAAAUGGAGUUUUAGCAAGUGAUGUUGACUUAAAAGAAGUGGCAUCACAGACCAAGAACUUCACUGGUGCAGAGAUUGAAGGUCUGGUUAGAGCAGCUCAGUCCACAGCAAUGAACAGGUUCAUCAAGAUGACAAAUAACUUUGAGAUUGACCCAGAAGGGGCGCAAAGCAUUAUGAUCAGACGUGAGGACUUCAACCAUGCAAUUGAACAUGACAUUAAACCUGCAUUUGGUCCAAGCGAUGAUAAUCUCGAGCUCUACGUGGCAGAAGGUACUUCACUGUUUUAUCUUUCUCCCUCUAAACCUUUCUUCCUUGUUCUCACUGAUCAUAUGUGCUUCUAGGUAUUUAAAAUAUGGCUUAU